AUGAUAAAAACACAUAAAAUCGUUUUAGUUCGACACGGGGAAAGUGAAUGGAAUCAGAAAAAUUUGUUUUGUGGUUGGUACGAUGCGGAUUUGUCCGAAAAAGGCAUCGAAGAAGCAAAACAAGCCGGCAAGUGGUUAAAAGAGAAAGGCUAUACUUUUGAUGUUGCUUAUACAUCCGUAUUAAAACGUGCAGUUAAGACUCUCUAUCAUAUUCAAGAAGAGCUGGAUCUCCAUUGGAUACCCAUUUAUCGGCAUUGGCGCUUGAACGAACGUAUGUACGGUGCAUUACAAGGAAAAAACAAAUCCGAAACAGCAGCAAAAUACGGUGAAGAUCAAGUUAAGAUAUGGCGUCGUGCCUAUGACAUUCCACCACCACAACUGGAAGAUUCUAGUGAACACAAUCCACGAAACGAUUCUAAAUAUCAGCAUUUAGAUAAACGCGUAUUACCGUUAACUGAAUGUUUGAAAGAUACUGUAGAACGUGCAUUGCCUUAUUGGCAUGAUAGUAUUGUUCCAUCAAUUCGCUCAGGUCAAAAUGUACUUAUUUGUGCUCAUGGUAAUUCCCUUCGUGCACUGAUUAAAUACCUCGAUAAGGUACCAGAUGAAGAAAUCGUUGAACUGAAUUUACCAACAGGCAUUCCAUUAGUUUACGUAUUGGAUGAAAAUCUUUGUCCGAUCAAUCAUUACUAUGUUGCACCGGAUGAUGUUGUUCAAAAAGCUAUUGAUCAAGUCGCUAACCAGGGAAAAGCAAAGAACCUAAUAAUAACAAUGAAUGAACAAAUGUUCGCAUUGCGUACGCCUCAGAUUGAUGCGAAUCAGCUCGAUGAAGAUUUUCAUUCAUACAAUUGGGAAAUCUUCUCAUCACUAUUCCGUCAUUCCUAUUCGCAUUUAAUUCAUUCAUUCAAACACGAAUUUCAAUUAUUUCUUCGUCUACUAACAUCUUACCAUACACUUCUAUCUUCGAAAUCAUCAGCAACGAUUGGUCAACAACUUUUACAAAUCAAAUACUCUCCAUCAUUACAAACGCGUCGACAAAAAGUUCUUUACUUAUCAACAUUCGCUUUUACUUACCUUUACGAAAAAUUCUUAGUUGACUAUCGUCGUUUAUUGCCAUUUCAAUUCAUCUAUAAACUAUUUCUAUUUCUUAAUUUCCUUCUGUUUCUUCGUCGAGGCACAUACAUCAACUUAUUCGAACGUUUUGCUCGAUUAAAAACUGUCCAUGAUCAUCCUCCAUCACUUCGCGUGCUCGAUUAUACCUACAUGAAACGUGAAUUGAUCUGGCAUACACUAAACGAAACCUUGGGAACGAUCAUACCAUUCAUUAGUUCAUUGAAAGCACGGACAUUCAUGAGAAAGCAUCUUUCCGGAACAAUCAUGAACCGACUUGAACAAACAGAUAUCUGUUCCGUAUGUGAUCAAUCGAUUGUGAUGCCACAUGAAUCUAUGGGAGAAUGUAAACAUUAUUUUUGUUAUGUAUGUGCUUAUAGUUUAAUUCAACAGUCCUGUCCAAUUUGUUUUAAAGAGAUUCCGAAUAUCAAACCGAAAGAAUUCUCUUCCGGAUAG